CCACCAUCACCACAUCACCGCCACGAUGCCAGGGCUCAAGAGAAAGCCCUCACUGGGCUCAUCAAAGCCCACAGCUUCAUCAUCUGAGGCCUCAACAUCAAAGAAGAAGGCUCGAUCAGAUGCAGCCCCGGCAGCUGCUCCUCCUUCAACCCUCGUCGACUCGUCCCAGGUCGACUUCCCCAGAGGAGGGGGCAGUGGCCUCACACAGUUCGAGCAUGCCUCGACUCUCCGAGAGGCAAGAGCAGAGCUCGCAAAGUCAUCAAGAGGUGGCGAUGACCUGUUCAGCGACAACAAGACGUCCGCAAAGGCGAAGUUGAGCCCGGAGGACGAGCAGAAGAGGAAGGACGCAAAGAGGAAGAUGAAUCGAGAGAAGAACAAUGCCAAGAAGAAGAAGGUCAGCUUGGUGACAGAGGAGCCGGACAAGAGCAAAGCCAGCAAAGAUCACAUUCGUAUUGAGCACCUCAACUACAAGCGCCUCGCUCCUGGGACUCGUCUUCUCUGCUCCAUCGCAGCUGUUCAUCCGCUUGCUCUCAUCCUUUCCCUUCCCAACCAGCUCGUAGGACACGUACCGAUUACAUCCAUCAGCCCGCUCUUCACCCAGAAGCUCCACGAGGCUGCGGAGGCGGACUCAGAUGACGAACAGGAGGACAAGGACAGCGACGACGAAGAGAAGGCUGCUGCUAGCUCGAAACGUCAAGCUCGACUGGCAUCGGGACUACCCGAGCUGCGAGAUUGCUUCAAGGUCGGGCAGUGGGUUCGCGCUGCAGUCGUCAACGUAUUCGGUGCUGGAGUAAAGAAGGGAGCAGUCCCUGGCCAGGAGGCGCACGAGUACGACCGAGAGUCGCGCCGUGUUGAACUCACAUUGGCGCCAGAGGCUAUUAACGAAGGUGUGGAGCAGGGUGACCUGGCCAAGGGAUUCGUUUUGCCAGUCGCCAUCAAGAGCCGUGAAGACCACGGCUUCCUCCUCGAUGCUGGAAUCGAGGGAGUGCAGGGCUUUGCCCCCUUCGACCAGGUGGACGCCUCAUCCUUCUACCUCGGUCAAGUCAUCGACGCGGCCAUCACAUCCGUCGCUUCGCAAGGCCGCUCUUUCACCGCGAGCCUCAAGGCCGCAGCUGUCAAGGCUGCCAUCCUUGGACCCGAGUCAGCUCCAUCCUCAACUGCUCUCGUUCCUGGCUGCCAAGUCACCGCUCUUGUGACUGCUGCGCUCCCCCAUGGCCUCAAUGUAAAGCUCUGGGGCAUGUUCGACGCUACGAUCGACAGCUUUCAUCUUCCUGCGGCCCUGCCAGCGGGCAAGGAGAUGCACGAAGUCUACAAGGUCGGCAGCAAGGUCAAGGGCCGCAUCCUUUGGGAGGCACGCCAGAACGAGAUGGGAGCGAUGGGCGCCGAGGCCAAUCAGGAAACGUCGGGUCCUCGCGCAGUCGCCCUCAGCGCGGCUCCGCACGUCCUCGCCAUGAGCAGCGGCGAGUCAGCCUCGCUCCAAGGGCAAUACCCCAUCGGCGCCAAGGUCGAAGCCAAAGUCACACGUACAGACUCAGACUGGGGCCUGACCUGCUCCGUCAAGGGCGCCAACAGCAGCAGCAUGGCCUUCGUCCACAUCUCUCGCGUGUCGGACGACCACGUCGUCAAGCUUCCUCCACGCUCCGGUCCCUUUGCGCUCGGCACGACCCACGAAGCCCGUGUCAUUGGUCACGCACCUACGGAUCGCCUGCUCCUUCUCAGCCUGCAGCAAAGCACCCUUGACAAGAAGUUCAUGCGCGUCAACGAGGUCGAGGUGGGCUCGACGGUGCGCGCGAGCAUCAAUCGCAUCGGAGCCAACGGGUCGGCCAUCUUCCUGAACCUGGGUGGAGCAUUCGAGGGCGUAGUCUUCCCACUGCACUUCGCAGACGUGGUGCUCAAGAAGCCAGAGAAGAAGUACAAGCCGGGCGCCACCGUAAAGGCUCGGGUGCUCAACGUGGACUCGGCGCGCAACCGCAUCGUGUGCACGCUCAAGAAAUCACUCGUCACGUCGGAGCUGCCCAUGAUUUCCAGCCUCCAAGACGCCCGCGUGGGAGUCGUCACACAGGGAACCGUAUCCAAGUUCGUGGAGAACCGCGGCAUGAUCGUCGACCUGUUCGGUGGGCUGCGCGCCUUCGUUCCCGCCUCCGAAGCAACCGAGUCCUCCCUCCUCUCCUCCUCGUCAGCUCCUUCAUUGACUCAGCACUUCUUCGAGGGCAAAGUCGUCAAGCUUCGUCUCACACACGUGGACUACGAGAACCACAAGCUCCUGGCGUCCGUCAAGCAGGCCAGUCCGAGCUACCUGGCCAAAAUGGACGUGGCUGCUGUGCAGGUCGGCGAAAAGGUCACGGCUACAGUCGCUGCUGUGCAUCAGGACGUGGUUGUGCUGGAGGUACAGCCCAGCAAGGUGCGCGGUCUCUACUCGCUCGCUGUGCUUGCGAAUCAGCGUGACCAGACUGUAGAGGAGGUAAGGGAGGCACUGCAGGAUGGGGAGACGCUCGGCGAUCUUGUGGUAGUGGACAAGCACGCCGACCGUGGUAUCGUCAUUCUUGGCGACGCGAAGCAGCCCUUGAAGAAGCCGCGUACUGCAGCUCUGGGCGAGCCACUCAACGUUGGCUCGAUCCAGACGGGCAUGGUGCAGGGCGGAGCAGGUGGUGAGCCGAACACGGUCACCAUCGCCCUCGCUGGUGGCAACUGCCGCGCAAGACUCCACCUCACCGACGUUAGCGACGACUUCAGCAAAGCAAUUAUUCCCAACAACGGCGAGCAGUUACAGGUCUACGUCGUACGUCUGCGUAAUUUCGGCAAGCGAGCCAACAUCAGCACCCGCCCAAGCCAUCUCACCCCGGAUGCUGCGGCCGAUAUCAAGGACUCCGAGAUCGACCUCUGCUCCGAUCUCACCGUCGGCACCAAGGCGCGUGGUUUCGUCAAAGCAGUCACCGCUGCUGGCCUCUUCGUCGACCUUGGCCGCAAUGCGACGGCGCGCGUCAUGAUCUCGGAGCUCUUCGACGACUUUGUCCAGGACUGGCAACCACGUUUCACGGUUGGCCAGCUUGUUGAAGGCACCGUCACCGCUGUGGAUGCGGCGAACAACAAGGCCGAGUUCAGCUUGAGGACAAACCCCGGGCAGAGCAAGAAAAAGAAGGCGGACAAGAAGGCAGAGCUUCAGAAGGUCAAGGCCGACGAAGCUGGUUCCUCAACCCAGCCGCUCCGCCUCAAGGACCUCUCGAAGGGAAUGAAGGUCAACGGCUUCAUCCGCGCUGUGCAGGAGUAUGGCGUCUUUGUGCAGAUCGAGGGUACGCAGAUCAGCGGUCUGGCGCACAAGAGCCAGCUCAGCGACCAUGCGGGAACGACGGACCCCACGAGGGCGUUCAGCGUGGGCGACCGAGUCAAGGCGCUCGUGCUUGACGUACACAAGGGUGGGGAGGGGAAGAGGGGCAAAGUCGACUUCGGAUUGAAGCCCUCGUACUUUAGUAAGGAGGACUUUGAGGAGGAUGAAGAGGAUGAAGACGAGGAGGACGAGGAGGAGGAUGAGAAGGAUGAGGACGAUGAGGAUAAGGAGAUGUCCGACGCCGAUGAGCAGGACGAUGAAGAUGAGGAAGAGGAUGAGGACGAGGAGGACGAGGAGGACGACGAUGAGGAUGACGAUGAGGACAUCGAGAUCGACACCGAGGCUCUCCUUGCCCGUGGCAGCGACGACGAAGAGGACGUGCUCAAGCUUGGCGGCGACUCGGACGAAGACGAAGACGACGAUGAGAAUGGAGAUGACGAGGACGAGGACGAUGAGGACGGUGAGGAUGGCAGCGACAGCGAUGAGGAGGAAGAGGCUUCGACAUCCGCUACUGCGACCGCCGCUGGCAAGCCGCGCCCAGCCUUGGAACUCUCUGGCGGUUUCUCGUGGUCAGCACCCGAAGGAGCCGCGCAGGCCAACGCUGACAGCGACAGCGACAGUAGCGACGAAGACGACGAAGCAGACGGUGCCGCCAAGUCGACCGCCACCACCAAGAAGCCUCGAGUCAAGCGUGGCGCCCUCCGUCCUCUCGAGGACGAUCUGACGGCCGACCUUGCCAACAAAGCUCCCGAGUCCGCCACGGACUUCGAGCGCAUGCUUCUGAGCUCGCCCAACUCGUCCUACCUGUGGAUCCAGUUCAUGUCAUUCCACCUCCAGCUCUCCGAGGUGGCCAAGGCACGCGCUGUAGGUCGUCGAGCGCUCAAGGUCAUCAAUUACCGCGAAGAGGCUGAGAAGCAAAACGUAUGGAUCGCUCUGCUGAACCUCGAGAACAGCUACGGUACGCCCGAGGCCCUCGAGGAGCUCUUCAAGGAGGCAGUCCAGUACAAUGAUGCCAAGACGAUGCAUCUGCGCCUGGCCUCGAUUCUCGAGCAGACGGGUAAGGUGCAGGAGGCGCAAGAGCUUUGGGCAAGAACGACGAAGCGCUUUGGUGGGGCAGACGUGGACGUCUGGGUACUCUGCUCGCAGUUCCUGCUUCGUCAGGAGGGCAAAGGGGACGAUGCUCGUGCUCUGCUCCCUCGCGCAUUGCAGGCGCUAGACAAGUCCAAGCACGUAGCCGUCAUUUCCCGCUUUGCGCUCAACGAGUUCAAGCACCAGGGAGGGGACAUCGAGCGAGGCCGUACCAUCUACGAGGGCCUGGUCGACUCUUACCCCAAGCGUCUCGACUUGUGGUGGCAGUACAUUGAUCAGGAAGCCGCAGCGGGGAAUGUGGCUGAAGCGCGCUCGUUGUUCGAGAGGGUGUUGGAGGGCAGGCGUUUGAGCACCAAGAAGGCGAGGAGCGUGCUGAAGAAGUGGCUGGACUUCGAGAAGGCAAAGGGAGACGCAAAGGGAGAGAGGGCGGUGCUGGAGAGGGCGAGAAAGUUCGUUGAGGAGGUCAAGAGGGCGAAGGGCGGAGACGAGGAGGACGGUGAUGAUGCGAUGGAGGAAGAUGAGGACGAGCAGAGCGAGAAUGACGAGUAGAAGUCGGACAAUCGCAUGUCGUGGACUCUUUCAGAAAGUUAUAUUAUCAGCGAUUGUCAUGAUGUAUGUGCUGCGAUCAGCCACCGUGAAGCGUAGAGAUGAAGCAGACCUCGUCGCCAUCCUGCAGCUCGUAGUCGAGCUCGCCCUCGAGUUCCCAAUCGGCGUCAUUGAUGAGAACGAGAAUGCCCGGCCGU